CAUACAUACAACCUCAUUACACUUCCACAAUACACCUCUCCCUCCCUAUAAACGCUGCCGUUUUCACUAACAAACUUGGCUCAUCUUUUGGAGUUGGAGGAGCCCUUGCAUCUUGCAAUUUCAUUUCACCAUUCCAAGGCUCCUACCAGGAAAUAGCUACAAACUCGAUCUGGGAUUGGUAUAUCAUUUAUUCUUCCUCUUAAUAAGAAAAAAUGGGAGAGAUGUCAAACUUUCAAUUGGGGGUGAUUGGUGCACUAUUUCUCUCUGUGGCUUCUUCUGUUUCCAUUGUCAUCUGCAACAAAGCCUUGAUGAGCAAUCUUGGCUUUCCUUUUGCCACAACACUUACUAGUUGGCAUCUGAUGGUAACUUUUUGCACCCUUCAUGCGGCUCAACGCUUGAAUCUGUUUGUGACCAAAUCCAUUGACUUCAAAACAGUGAUGCUCUUUGGUAUUCUGAAUGGCAUCUCCAUUGGAUUUCUCAACUUGAGUCUUGGCUUCAAUUCCAUCGGAUUCUACCAGAUGACAAAACUUGCGAUCAUACCAUUCACUGUAUUGUUAGAAACUAUUUUCCUAAAGAAGCAGUUCAGCUCUAAAAUAAAAUUCUCUCUAUUCCUAUUACUUGUGGGAGUUGGCAUUGCCUCAAUCACAGACCUUCAGCUCAAUUUUGUGGGAACCGUUCUUUCACUUCUAGCAAUCAUAACGACAUGUGUUGGCCAAAUUCUGACCAACACAAUACAAAAGAAGCUUAAUGUCUCUUCCACACAGCUGCUCUACCAAUCUGCUCCAUUCCAAGCAGCAAUUCUUUUUGUUUCAGGCCCUGUUGUGGAUCAAAUGCUCACCAAGCAAAAUGUUUUUGCCUACAAAUAUUCUCCUAUUGUGUUGGCAUUCAUCAUCUUGUCCUGCUUGAUAGCUGUAUCUGUGAACUUCAGCACAUUUCUGGUCAUAGGCAAAACAUCUCCCGUAACUUACCAAGUACUAGGGCAUCUCAAGACAUGUCUUGUUCUUGGAUUUGGGUACACAUUACUGCAUGAUCCAUUCACUGGAAGAAACAUUCUUGGAAUACUCAUUGCAGUUUUUGGAAUGGGAUUGUACUCUUAUUUCUGCACUGAGGACAACAAAAAGAAACAGUUAGCUAGCGACCUCCCAUUGUCUUCUCAGGUGAAAGACAAAGACAGUGCAGCAGUUUUGGCAGGAAAAAACGUGGGAAACCAAAAGGAGGAAAAUGAUGAAGUUAAGAAAUUAAGCAAGGAUUCUGUUAUUUGAAUGAACAGGGUACAUGUCUUUUUCAGAUUUGGUAUAUUUUGGGUUUCUUCAAUUUCUUGUAGGGAACUUGUAAUAAGUAUAAAUCAAAUUUGUUUAAUAAGUUUUUCGUACCAACCGUAUAUUCCUUCAGCUACAGGAAAUUCAAAUUUCAUAAAAUUGUAAUUCCUUUUUUCUUCAAUAGAAAAGGUAGACAUCAAUCAUUUUUUGUGAUUCACAAUAGCUAUGUAUGUUCUUCUCAAUAACAAUCACUCAAGGAAGCUGUUGCUUUCUAUUUUAUUA